AUUUCCACUAAAAGUAUAAAUUACCCUCGUAUAUAUAAGCACUAAACAUAUAUUUAAAGUUUAUUUACACUCAUAUAUUAAUUAUAAGAUUAUAAGCAAGCCAUCCGCCAUAUCCAAUUUCGCCACUCAUCGACAGAUGGUCUGAUCUUGGCCUAAUGCUGUUUUUGACGUGAGGUAUUGCAAGGAGUGACAGUUACAAAAUUAAGUUGAAAUAGUAUAUUAGUGUAUUGUGUGUGUCAAAAUAUAAUCAGCAACAUGUUUUACCACAUAUCUUUGGAGCACGAAAUUCUCUUGCAUCCUCGUUAUUUCGGGCCACAGUUACUGGAUACAGUAAAGCAGAAGCUUUAUACGGAAGUUGAAGGCACCUGUACUGGAAAAUAUGGUUUUGUAGUCGCGGUAACAACAAUCGACAAUAUUGGAGCUGGUAUUAUUCAGCCGGGUCAGGGUUUCGUAGUUUAUCCUGUCAAGUACAAGGCUAUCGUUUUCCGACCAUUUAAAGGAGAAGUUCUUGAUGGAAUUGUAACUCAGGUUAACAAGGUAGGAAUGUUCGCUGAGAUUGGUCCAUUGUCAUGUUUUAUUUCACACCACUCUAUUCCCGCCGAUAUGCAAUUCUGUCCAAAUGUUAAUCCUCCUUGCUACAAAUCAAAGGAAGAGGAUGUCGUUAUACAAGCUGACGACGAAAUAAGACUGAAAAUAGUCGGAACGAGAGUAGAUGCUACUGGAAUCUUUGCCAUUGGCACACUCAUGGACGACUAUUUAGGUUUGGUCUGCAACUAAAAGUUAAUAAAAUUUGUGAAUGCCUGUAUGUGUACAAUGGAUGAGAGGGUGUAGCUUUAUACAUUUAUAUUUUGUAGUAAUAAUAAUAAUUUUAUUUUAAAAAUACGAUUGCAUUAUGUACAACUAAAUGACCAAUACAAGAAUCAUCCAACAUAGUUAUUCAUUAGUUCGAAAUGCUGGAAGUAAAAUUUUACGCAGGUUAUGAAAUUGUUUGGUAUUUGAACAAUCUUAGCAAAUCUACAUUCCAUUGAGACUUAAUUUAGUUAAAUACGUGAUAAUAAAUAGUAUAUUACAAGUA